CGGCUUAGCUCCUUCCUUCCGGUGUGUCCGCCAUCAGAGAGAUCAGAAUGGCUAUCAGGUACCCUAUGGCUGUGGGCCUUAAUAAAGGCCACCGUGUGACCAAGAAUGUCACCAAGCCUAGACACUGCCGCAGGAGAGGGCGUCUGACAAAACACACCAAGUUUGUCCGUGACAUGAUCCGUGAGGUCUGUGGGUUCGCUCCUUAUGAGAGACGUGCAAUGGAAUUGUUGAAAGUGUCAAAGGACAAGAGAGCACUAAAAUUUAUAAAGAAGAGGAUUGGUACUCACAUUCGUGCCAAGAGAAAGAGAGAAGAACUGAGCAAUGUUUUGGCAGCUAUGAGAAAGGCUGCUGCCAAGAAGGAUUAAAUUGUAUCAGUUUGCAUAAAAAUAAACUUCUCAGUUUGUCAA